AUGCUCAGAGAGUCCAACCACACCGGGAAUGCGGCCGACGCACCCAAGCUCCGAGCAGCGUGCGAGAACUGCCGACAAUCCAAAGUGAAGUGCAACCUGUCCGGCAAAAACACCUGCAUCCGGUGUCUCCGGCACGGGCUGCACUGCCGGUACCGGGUGGCCAACCGGUCCGGCAAGCCCAAGGGGAGCAAGAACCGCGCGACGCUGCGCAAGCUGGGCCAGCUGCAGGAGGAUAAACUGCUCGGCGCGGACGAUCUGGACAAGGCGUUUCCGGCUAUCGGGCCGGCGGGGUAUCCGGGGGAUCAUCACCAUCAUCAUCACCGGUGGUCUCGGCCGGGGCAACAACAACAACAACAACCGCCGCUGCCGUCAUCAUCGCCUGAUCGACGGGGCUCAUCUGCCAGUAGCAUUCUGCAGCCGCCCACCUACGAAGCAAGCAGUCACUCGGAGAGUCCCGACAGCCAGAGCCACGAGGCCACAAUGCUGCUGACCUCGCCCGUAGAGUACGGGUCGCCGUUCGGCGACGGGCUCCCGACGGGAGGAGGGGGAGGAGAGGAAGGACUCUGCGGGCCCCCAACAUCAAUGUCGCCCACAUUCCUGCAAAAAGAGUUCAUCACGAAGGGGUUGACAAGCUGCCCACUGGCCGUGCACGUGCCGAGCGUACCAACAUUCCCACCAGCCUGCGACUGCGACGAAGCGCUUCAGAUCCAGAUGGCGCACCUGCGCCACAUGGCAGUCGACACGGCGCAGCUGCGGUUCGACCGGAGCUUGCAGGCGCUGCGGGCGGCGCUGGUCGUGUGUCAGGGUUUUUUGGGCUGCGGGCAGUGUCAUAAGGAUAGUGGGAAUCUGCUACUGGCUGUGUCGACGCUGGAUGUGGCGGCGCAGUUGUUCAGCUACUGGGUGUCGUUUGAGUAUGGCGCGUCGACGACGCCGGCUGGGAUGGGUGGAGGAGGAGGGGACGGGUCGGUUGUGUCGUAUGGGGAGUACGAGACGAGUCCGGAUGAGACGAGGCGGGUGAGACGGGUGCUGCUUUGUGGGCGGUUGGCGCAGUGUCAGGAGGCGCUGGGGCAGGCGAAGGAUGCUGUUGAGAUGGGGAUGCGCACUGGGGGGAUGGAGGUUGGGGAGGGGAGUUGGUUGUUGCAGACGGUUAGGGGGCAUGAGGCGUUGAUAGCUGAUCAGUGCAUUCAUAUUACUUAA